AUGCCUAUCACAGGGUACAUCCCUCCCCCACCCAUACCACCUCAUACUGACCACCCCAGCGUCUUCUUCAUCCCCUCCAACCCCAACGCCUCUACAGCUCUGUCCACAGUAACAGAGCGCCUCCACUCCAGGCUAUCCGAUGAGCCCACGCCCAUCGGCCGCUGGGCCCUAGAACACAAGCUGAUGCGCGACACGCCCUCAUGUCUACCCGCAUCCGCAUCGCAACGGCCCACGCAGCCGCGAUACAUGCAAUUCCUCUCUCUAACCUAUUACCCCAACCACGGCUUCAUCUACACCUCCCAGCCCGACCAAACGACAGCCCACCACCAGCAUCAACAGCAUCCAGGCGCAGUGACCACCCCAGCACAACCCACACCAACCCCAUCCCAGCAGCAACCACCCUCCCCCGCAAUGGUCAUGACGACCGUCCCGCUCCCCUCCUGCAGCACGCUCUUCCAGCACUUCGUCUACGCCUGCCAGCCCUUCUGGUGCCAUCGGCACACGGUGACCGUGCCCAGCGGGAUGGUCUACGACGUGGGCGAUUUCCGCGUGCGCGUCGGCGACGUGCGUCAGACGGCCCCGACAGCGCGGGUCCGCGGCACCGUCGUCGAGGUGGAAUGGCGCGGUCCGACGCUUGCGGCCGCCAUCGCUGCGCAGUUUCUCCACCGACAGCAUGCGGGCAAUGCGCCCGAGUCUGGUGAAGGUGCUGACGCUGAUGAUGAUUCCGGGAUCGACGUCAUGUUCUUGCCCGAGGGGAUUGCAGAGGCGGAUGUCGAUGCGGAGUAUGCGGCGGUCGCGGCGUUGAUUCGGGAGUUCUGGGGUCGUUUGGGGAUUGAAGGGGCGCGAGAGGCGAUUCUCGUGCCGGAUGUUGGGAAGGAGGUUAAGGCGCAGCUACGACGGUUGCAGGUGCAGGGGAAGCAGUCUCUCGGAGUUACUGGUGCGACGGAGCCUCAGCCUGAGGAGGACCCUGAUCCAGACGCGGGCGUAGAUGUGGCAAGGCAGUUUAUGGAGAUCUUCCGAUUCAAUCGGUAG